CACCCUUCCCGCCUCGCUACAAUCAUGAUCCCAUCGCAGCCUCUGAACAGUGGGAUGCCUACGGGCAAGAAGUACGUGAGUAUGACCUGCAGCGCCGCCGAGGCCGGGAUGGUGAAGAUCCAGGUGGCACAUGCUCAGCUUUCUGACCCGCAUACCGUUGCUUCGUCUUCUACCCGCCUCUUCCAUCGACCUUGACCUAAUCAUAUAUGCGUCGCCGCUCUCAACGGUGUAAACUACUUCGACCUCUCUUCUCCCACGGACUCUAACUUCUACGCUUCCGCUGGACGGACGUUCGAACUGUCAGAUGGGAUGGUGGGGAGACAUGGGAGGACCAAAGCAGAGGGGAAUCGUUCAAUACGGAAUCUCGUCGAACCAGCAAGCGCCUAUGCACGGAGCUCUGCGUCAGUACGUCUUCUACGGCUACAAGAGGCUCAUGACCAAGCUUCCUUACUGGGGACCCAUCCUUGCUGCCACAUACGGAGUCAUCGCAUGGGGAUCGCACCGCAACCACUACCUCAAUUCGAAGGCUGGCCAUCUGGAGUUCGCCGAGCACGACGAGUAGAAUGCUGGAGUAGGCGGUGAAAUCAGGAACACGCGAGGUCGGCAGAGUCUGCCCUCGUUGCAUUUGUCCCGUUCGACUUUCAAUCAAUCAGCCUUAAGAUCAGUAUAUGCGUUGCUGCAGGUUGAUCGGAACGGGUGGGCUAGGUACGGGUAUUUGCCCGAAGCAUGGAAUGUCGCAGCGGAGACCUGAUUGAAGACUGCUGCCAGUCGCUCUACUUCCGUCUCCUUGGUGUCUAUGAGACGAGGCGAGGCGAGGGCUAUGCAGGGUCGCUUACUGACAGGGCCAAAUAGCCGCGCGAGUGUUGCGAC